AUGGGGCUGUUUGAUCGAGGUGUUCAGAUGCUUUUAACCACGGUUGGUGCUUUCGCUGCCUUCAGCCUGAUGACCAUAGCCGUGGGGACCGACUAUUGGCUCUACUCCAGAGGGGUUUGCAAGACAAAAAGUGUCAGUGAGAAUGAAACCAGUAAGAAGAACGAGGAAGUGAUGACCCAUUCUGGACUGUGGAGGACCUGCUGCCUGGAAGGGAACUUCAAAGGUCUAUGCAAGCAAAUCGACCACUUCCCCGAGGACGCAGAUUACGAAGCGGACACGGCCGAGUAUUUCCUCCGGGCGGUGCGGGCCUCGAGCGUCUUCCCAAUCCUGAGCGUGAUCCUGCUCUUCAUGGGCGGCCUGUGCGUGGCGGCCAGCGAGUUCUACAAGACGCGGCACAACAUCAUCCUGAGUGCCGGCAUCUUCUUCGUCUCCGCAGGGCUGAGCAACAUCAUUGGCAUCAUCGUGUACAUAUCCGCCAACGCCGGGGACCCCUCCAAGAGCGACUCGAAGAAGAACAGCUACUCGUACGGCUGGUCCUUCUACUUCGGGGCCCUGUCUUUCAUCAUCGCCGAGAUGGUCGGGGUGCUGGCCGUGCAUAUGUUUAUCGACCGGCACAAACAGCUGCGGGCCACGGCCCGCGCCACGGACUACCUCCAGGCCUCGGCCAUCACCCGCAUCCCCAGCUACCGCUACCGCUACCAGCGCCGCAGCCGCUCCAGCUCGCGCUCCACCGAGCCCUCGCACUCCAGGGACGCCUCGCCCGUGGGCAUCAAGGGCUUCAACACCCUGCCGUCCACGGAGAUCUCCAUGUACACGCUGAGCAGGGACCCCCUGAAGGCCGCCACCACGCCCACCGCCACCUACAACUCCGACAGGGACAACAGCUUCCUCCAGGUCCACAACUGUAUCCAGAAAGAGAACAAGGACUCGCUGCACUCCAACGCGGCCAACCGCCGGACCACCCCCGUGUGA